GAUUUUUCUUGUAGAGGAAGCCCACAUGUGAAGGGGACACCACGUUAUAAGGAAGAGCAGUGUGCUCCUUUGUUAAAUCUAGAGAUGAAGAAAGUGCUGGAUUUGCAAGCAUCUAUCACCAGUUUGCAGUCCAUGCUGGAGGAUCUACUGGUUGCUACUGCUGAUGGAUUGCUCCACCUUAUUCACUGGGAUGGCAUGACAAAUGGAAGGAAGGCCAUCAACCUAUCUACAGUACCAUUUUCUGUGGACCUGCAGUCUUCUCGAGCAGGUUCAUUCUUGGGCUUUGAAGAUAUACACAUUAGAGAUAUGGAAUAUUGUGCCACACUUGAUGGGUUUGCUGCUGUUUUUAAUGAUGGCAGAGUUGGUUUCAUUACCCCAAUAUCAAGUAGAUUCACUGCUGAGCAGCUCCGUGGUGUUUGGGCACAAGAUGUUUGUGAUGGAACUUGUGUGGCAGUAAAUAACAAAUACAGAUUAAUGGCAUUUGGAUGUGCCAA